AAGCCGAUUAUUGCAGCAACAUGUGCUAUUUAUUUUCUUUUAUCUGGCCUAGUUACCAAUUAUUAGCCGUUCAAAGUUUUUAUUUAAUUUGUUCUACUUUAGCACAUUUCAUUCUAAACCACAACAAUGGCUAGCCAAGAACAUGGCCAAGAACAUGGCCAAGAACACGGCGACCAACUUGAUGAAAAGCAACAUCCAGUAUUGGCCACAGCUCAAGAAGAGAUUACUUCAGAUGCAUCUUCUCACGAUAGUGUUCAUCUCGCCCAGCAGCAUGGAACUGAAGACGACAUCGAGGCUGUGCAAAGGACUGAAACGAGAGAUAAGCGCACGAGGAUUUCCUUGGAUCUGAGAAGAACCGCUAGCAAUGUACUCACACACGCGGCCUCGCACCUUACUACGAGGUCAUGGCCAGAACCCCCUCCUCCUCCGGAUGGUGGCACAACGGCAUGGGUGCAAGUCGCAAUGGGAUGGCUUGUUAUCUUCACAACUUGGGGAUGGGUCAACUCCUUUGGUAGCUUCCAGACUUACUACACAUCAACGCUACCGCAGUCUCCAUCAACCAUAUCUUGGAUUGGGUCCGUGCAAAUAUGGUUUUGCCUGGUGAUCAGCGUUUUCUCCGGACGUCUACUAGACGCCGGCCUAUUCAUUCCGACCUUCUUAGUCGGCGCAGUGAUCCAAGUGCUUGGCAUCUUCUUAAUGAGCAUCUCGACCCAGUACUGGUCUCUGAUGCUGACUCAAGGCGUCCUGACGGGCAUAGGGGCAGGGAUCUUCUUCACGCCGUCCCUUGCCCUUGUCGCGACGUAUUUUAAGAAGAGACGUGCCCUUGCAGUCGGACUGGCGACAACGGGAAACUCAGCUGGUGGUAUUGUUUAUCCGGUUGUUGUUAGGCAGUUGAUUCCAACGCUAGGGUUCGCUUGGACAACAAGAGUACUGGCUUUUAUCAACCUCGGUUGUCUUUCCAUCGUGCUCGUGUUCAUGCGUCCACGUCUACCUCCUAGGCGAUCCGGGCCCAUAAUCGAUUUUGCGGCCUUUCGCGAUUCUGCGUACAAUGGUGUCGUAGCUGGCAUUUUCGCACUGAUGAUGGCUAACUAUUUCUCUUUCUAUUACAUUGCCUCGUUUGGCAGAGAGGCUCUUGGCCUCCCGUAUUCGACCGCUUCGAUCAUGGUCAUCCUUAUUAACGGAGCAGGAAUCAUCUUCCGAGUCGUACCACCAAUAAUUGCCGAUCGAGUUGGACCAAUUAACGUAAUGGUUCCUGUUACACUCGCAUGGGCGAUCGUGGCGUUCUGUUGGCUUGCAGUGGACAACGUACCUGGCUUGUAUGUCUUCGCCUGCUUCUAUGGUAUAUGUGCUGGUAGUUUCCAGUGCCUAAUAGCUACCGCUGUCACCAGUAUCACCAAGAGACUCGACAUGGUUGGAACGCGACUCGGGAUGGCUUUCAGCAUUUCUUCAUUUGCUUCCUUGACAGGACCGCCAAUUGGAGGAGCUAUUCAAGCAGCCAACGGCGGUAAGUUCGUAGGUGCACAGGUAUGGGCAGCAACUAUGACUACUAUCGGUUUCUUCUUGUUUCUUCUUGUAAGAGUGCAAAAAGCUGGAUGGAACCCUAAGGUGAGAUUUUGAGAGAUCAGGAAAUAGGAACAAUCCUAUAUAAUAUGAGCUAUGAUACAGAAACGAUGGAUUAAUUGGGGAUAUGUAAUUAGAAUAUUUGCUGGCAUGGACAUUACGGACUAUUAGAAUUAGUCUCUCGGAUGAACUAAGCGCACCAUAGUAUGAAUAGGUAGGUUCUAUUGGAUAUAUAAUUUAACAGGAAUGUUCGAGGGAUUUCCUACUUGUUGAAUUGGCAGUUAUCUCCGGAUAACUCACAAAUGUAGCUCUAGUUAAACGAACAAUAUAAGUCAUGAGUAUCGUUAGGUAUAAGUUCAUAACAAGAUUUAUCAAUUAAGACUAUA